AUGACAACAUUCGCCAUCGAGCACAAGCUUCUUGUCUCGAGCGGUUUGAUGGACGAGCCGCAUUUCCGCCGACUUCUUAAGUUCCAAACGCGUCGGAGAGAAGCCCUAGUCGGCAAUGAUCUGGAGAUCCGCACUAGAAUCAGUCACGUCUUGACAUCAAAAGAUAACACCACCGCUUGGGUCACCGUCUACUACAUGCAUAUUCAUCGACAUUCCGACUCUAGAUAUGGCGAUGACUACCAGUGGGUGCUAAAAAAGCGCUACUCUGAGCUAGAAGCCUUCCGACGACUGCUUUUCAAGCGAAUCGAAAAGUGGGAGCACACUGUUCAGCGGGAAUUUGCGAACAAGAUAACCGUUCACAAACAGCAGAUAUUUGCAGUCGUCUCAAACGCAAUGCGCCGCGCUAUUUCGCCGUCAUUUCCCAAGAAGCGCCUCCAAUCCGAUAAGCCUGCAGUCUUAAAGGAGAGAGCCAUCGGGCUGCCAAACUUCGUUCGGAAGCUGCUGGGGGUAUACACAGACCUGGCAGUAUACAAGACAAACAGUCAAUUGCAGGCCGGAGCGUUUGCUUCCUCUUGGGCGCAGUUGUGUACCAUUUUCCUAGAGCUUGAGACGAUUCUCGAAAUCCCACAGCCUCAGAAAGACGCGGAGAUCCGGCGGCAGUCCGCUGUCUUGGCGCUAAAAGACUUCACUGAGCUUAGGUUUCUUAAUGGUGAAGAUACUCGCGAGCAUUUUUGCUCCAUUUGCCUCAACGAGGACCCAGCAACGGAAGAAGCAAGACCUGUAGUCGGUUUGCCAUGCGGUCACCACUUCCACGAAGAUUGCGUGAUCGACUGGUUCAGCACGAGUCCAACAUGCCCCCUUUGUCGCCAAUGCUCCCACACAUGGUGUGCCAAUGCUCCCACACAUGGUGUGCCAAUGCUCGAUUAA